CUUCUCCAUUUCUUCCAUUCCCCAAAAAUCAGAAAUGGCAACUGGUUCUUCUUCUCGUCCUCCACAGAAAACCUACGAUCUCGAAAUCACCAUCGUCUCCGCCAAGCAUCUGAAAAAUGUCAAUUGGCAUCACGGCGAUCUCAAGCCCUAUGUUAUCUUUUGGGUCGACCCGGAUCAACGACGCGCCACACAAGCUGAUGAUUCCGGCAAUACCCGACCCGUUUGGAACGAACGAUUCGUCCUCCAUCUUCCCCAAUCUCAAUCUCCUCCUCACGAUGCUGUUCUUACUCUUGAGGUCUUCCAUUCAAAACCUUCGGAAACUCCCAAACCUUUAGUCGGUACACUUAGGGUUCCGUUGAAGGAACUGGUUAACGUCGACGAUUUCAACAAAAUCAGAACUUUUGAGCUCCGGCGACCUUCCGGUCGGCCUCAUGGUAAGAUCCGACUCAAGCUUGCUAUUCGUGAAUUAUCUCCACCCCUCGAUUACCAAAUACCCCCUCCUUGUAGUUAUUAUUACUCUACUGCCCCCCCUCCUCCUCCCCCUUCCUACAGAGCAUUUCCUUCUUCCCCAUACCCCUCACACCCUCAUCCUCCUCCGUCGCCUGUAGUUGCACCGCCGCCACCUGCUUCUCCAUCACCACCACCUCCUCCUCCGCAGCAACAUUCUUUUCCUUACAGUGGAUUCGCUGAUCCUUACUCUAGUUACUUCCCUGGGUAUUACUCUCAACCUCCCCCUCCUCCACGACCAUUUGUUGAGCGGCAAUCUAGCUAUAACAGUUUGGGCUCGAGGCCAAGCGCCCCUGUUGAUUAUUACCCUCCUUAUGAUCAGAAGCGUAGUGGGAAAAUGGGGACGGGGUUAGGCACCGGAUUGGCGGUUGGAGCAGUGGCUGGUACAUUGGGAGGAUUGACAUUAGGGGAAGGAUUGAAGUAUGAAGAAGCCAAGAUUGCAGAGAGAGUUGAAAACAACAUAGCAACCAGAGAUGAUUACAGCAAUUACAGUGAAUAUUGAUGCUGAUGCUUCUCACUGGAUGAAGUUCUCUAUACUAAUGGGUAAUCAAUCUUGCGCUGUAUUUUGUAUAUAUAAAGCUCGUUCAUUUUCAAUGGAUUCCUCCUCUUAAUGAUAUGAUGAAUUAUGUCAGUUCAGCUGUUUUUGAGUUUCUUCUAUGAAGGAUUCUACUGGUAGACUGAUAUAUGUAAUUCUACUUCUAUCUGGUUGUUUCAUGAUGUAGCGUGGUAUGUUCGAUGAAUGUAUUGUUUGGAUAGAUUAUUA